ACCGGUUGCAUAUGGCCAUGUACAGUACGUGUAUACAAAAAGCAGCCAGCGCCAGAGAUGGAGCUAAAGCUACAAAGAUUGCGGUCUGAGGAAUUUGAACCUGAUUCCACUUCAAUCAGUGCCACUGACAAUUUCUUCCAGCUCUGGGGAGAUACUCUUAGUGCAAUGCGAUGCGCGGAACUUACAGCCUGGCAGACAGCAUGUGCAAUUGUCAUCUAUACAUCUCAUCUGGACCCUACGGAAACUUCCAUCAGUAUUUCAUACAAUCGUGGAAUGCAGAAUGUCCCUCAGGCACGCUACGUCGGACUUCCCUUCAUGGAUAUUGUGGACGAAGGCAAUCAUGACAAACUCAGUCCCAUUGGAGUUACUGGGGAACUUGAUUCCAGCAAUGAUACAGCCACAGAGGCUAAGAACACGCCCCCAUUUCCCCCUUCUUCUUCAGACGCAAGAUAUAGAGAUGCCUUCAUCCAAGAUGCCAUGUGCCCACAAGCUGGCACUAUUGAACAGCUAAAUCGUCAAUGUCCUACAAGUUUACCGAAUUUCAAGCCAUAUACUUUGAAAGAACAUGAUGUCUGGGGCCCUCCAGCGCUAGGGAGGCCAUGGGCGAAACUCAUAGUCAUUAAAGGAUCGAAAGGUUCUCAACAGACAAGAAUUACCCUUCGCAUAUCGCACGCUCAGUAUGGUUUGACUCUAACUAGACCAUUGGCUUACGUUCCUUCAUGGCUCAACAAUGACGAACAUCGUCCCGAGAUCGGAUGCUGUGGGAAACCCCCAUCUUUCGGCCGAAAUGUCGUUCUCAUCAACCCGCCAGAUUCAAAUACCCAACAAUACAAUUCUACAGCGGUGGUGCUGGGAUUUUGUCGAUACGGUUUUAUUCUCCCAACCUAUUCGCAGUAG